AUGGAUUUUAUUAAAAGGCCUUUGACUCUGUCAAACACUCCUUACUAUCUGAAAAAGUAUAAGAACUUCCGCUGAACCCCUGUCUUAUCAAUCUCUAUCUAGGUCCCAAUUUUUUUAAAACAUAGGCCUCAUAGAGAGGUCAACAAUACACAGUUUUCACAGCAUCGGAAGGAGCCCCUACCUAUUUAAUAUUCUUCUAAACGACCUCGAGAUACAAAGGCAAUGGCUCUACAAUUUGUUUGCAUGUAGAUAUGAGGGGAUUCUCCACCAUAAUUGCACCUGGUAAUGCAGUUCUUAGAGUCUAGAAAACUGUGUGGCCUGUAAUCCUAGUAAAAGUAAAGAAUUAAUCUUUGAUAGAGUAUAGCUGGUAAGAAUACCUCAGGUUAAGGAACUUGUUUUGCUGGGUGUUACUUUUCAGUCUGACACCAGAUUUAACAUUCAUGUACGUAAAGAACAAACUCACAAAAGGAAACAAGUCUCUUUAUGUUCUCAGGACGCUUAUUAGAAGAGAGGGGCUUGCUGUGUAUGGAGCCGCUGAAGUUAAACUAACAACGAACUCAGUAGUGUUUUUUGGGCAGAUGUACUUCAAGAAGCGUCGGUACAUGAAUCUCAUAUGGCAUUGAUAUCCGCGAUCUUUCAGAAAAGUAAGGUAAAAAAAAAUUCUCCGCUAAAGUUAUUGUGUCAGGUAGCAGCUUAGAGGAAAGUCAGCCGUACACCAAAAGUAAACACAAACCGUUUUAUGAGUUCUUUUGUAAACUGGCUAACUUUUAAAAAACGAGUUAGCUCCCUGUAAUUGCAUUAGAUUACUAAUGUUAUUCCAUGAACUGUAGCUUGCCUGUUUUUUCUUUGUUGUUGUUGUUGUUGUUGUUGUUGUUUUCACAAUACAGUGUAACUGGUGGAUAACUGGAGCUAUCGCAAUCCGCACCGGAAGAGAAACUUAUUUCUAUGAUAUAGGCUGCUUUCUGCAGAUAAUCGCCCGUGUUGUCCCUACCUAUUGUUGCCUACUAUUGAUAAGUAUAUACACACUCAGUGAUCUUGGUGAUUUAAGCAAUCUGAUUGGUUCGCUAUCUCAGACUAUUUAACAAUAUUCACCUUCUAGCGAAUAAAUGUGUGGGCUCGGUUUUUUUCCCAUUUUUUUAGAGAAAGAUCUUUUAAAAGUCGACAAAAUCCUAGGGUUGACUUUUUUUCAGGCAAGAAAAAACUUCGAAGGAUUGAAAACGGCGUUUUUCCAUAAAUGUAGUUGAGUUUUAUGGUCGAUGGAUUGUUUACAACUCCCGUUUAUUAGCCUAGAAGAGGCCGUUUCGUGAACUCACCGUUUCCUAACAAGAAAAAUUUGGCCCAAAAACGAAGUUUAUUUGUGACAAACAAAUUUGAAGGAAAUGUUUGCAGAAAAUUCUACCUUUCAAGUAAAUGGGAGAAAGAAUGCUACAUGAAGACGACGUUUUAACCUCCAGGAACCGAAUCGCCAUUUUUGUCAGCACUUCAAGAGAACGACACAACAAACCUUUUGGGCUAUAAACUUGGCGAGUCAAAAGAAAACAACAAAGCUCUUCUUUUCUUCUCAGGUAAGGAAACAAUUCAAACUUUUAGCGUUUCCAUUUAAGUCAUUACGCUGUUGUUUGCGAAGUGAUAACCUUGUGAAAUGCCACUUUUGAAAAUUCUACAAAGAUCUAUUUUUAAACUCUCGCGUGUCUAGCUGACCUGAUCUGUCAAUCAAAUCGUACUUUUAAUGGUUUCCUCUCUGAUUUUGCAGAGAUCACUUCGUGUGUAUAUACUAAAACAAUUAUUCUUUUCAAUUUCGGUGAAUAGUGGCUUUAGGAAUAUUUACCUCCCCACUUCGUGGCUCGGUAAAUAUUUAGCCACUAUUCACCUCGAUUUCAAAGAAUAAUUGUUAACUGUUUCUAUAUGAUCUAUCACCUAUCACUUUCUGUUGUGUUUACAUAAAGGGUUAAGAAAGACUUCGCACUGUUUUUCUUUCUCCAUUAUAUAUAUAUAUAUAUAUAUAUAUAUAUAUAUAUAUAUAUAUAUAUAUAUACAUAUGGCUUUUUGUUAAUCGAUCUAAACCCGAAGCAGUGACCCACUCGAAAGCCCGAGCUACUGUGGUCACUGUUCACCAUUUAUGUAAGUUGUUGCUCUUCUUUUUUUCCUGUUCUAAUAUUUUAUUGUAAUGUAAUAGAAACAUCUUGCAAUAGUGCAAAAUUAAAACAAUUUGAUUCUUGAAGCUAUCUCCCCUGUUUUAGCAAAUUAAAGUGCAUUUGCCAGAGUAAUCGGUUCUGGUUCUCCCUUCAGGGGCGCCCAAGGACCGAAAGUUUCCAAGCACGCCAGAAGUACCUUUAUAUGCUUUUCUCUUUAGAAGCAAUGCUUGGUUGACUUUGGUUGAAGCUGCCCUAAAAACUAUUAUCUGCUUGGAUGUCGUAAAUGCGAUUUUAUUCUCCACCGAAACUGUUAGCUAUAUCCUGAUUGGUCCCGUCGAGAGUUGGAGGACAUCAGAGCAGCCUUUCAUUAUUAGUCACAGAAUAGAAAUCCUGGGUUACGCUUCUAUACCAUAGGAAUACAUCGGAUUACACGUAUUCACGAAUUCCCCAAUUACGCAACACCCGCUUGAACUUUGAUUUCAAUGACAAAUUCACAUGGCUUGAUAUUUGCAGUUCACAAUAUCACGUUUGAUGUAUUCCGUGAUCUUGGCACAUUGUGACUUUCCACCAGUUGCUGUCUAAAUUUAACUCUGGUCAUGCUACGUCGCGUUUAAUUGUUAGCAUCUCCGAACUCGAGAUCUUUCUACGGUGGUACGCCCCAUUCUUUUUAGAAGUAUGCAGUUGCGUCUGAGGUUCUAAUUAUAAUUGGGAUAAGAACCUCGCCUUGGUCGAAGCAAGUAGAUUCUUUCAUUUAGUACAUUUUCUUCGACAACGGGCAUCAGGCCACAGGUAUUUUUUGUUUAGAAAUAAUUGAUUUCGCGUGACUGUACCGUCUGUCUAGACUGAUUUUCUCGUCUCUAACACUAACAUUGUAUAUUGCCAUGUUUGUUUCAGGAGAAACAUAAAAAGGAACGCGAACUCUGAUCUGUGCUGGCCUUACCAGCGUUUUUCAGGGAUGAAUUGAUUUUUAUUUCGAACUAUCAACUAAACGACCCUAAAGCUGCCCAAUUUUUGAGAUAAGCGACGAACAUUCUUGCACGUGGGGAAGGUAAAUUAAACGAUAAUUUUGCUGUCUUAGCAUAUUUUUAGGUUCUGAUCGUAGGAUAGUAUAGUUUCUCCUAAGGAACGAGAUUUAACAAAAAGGGUGUUAAAACCUGAGCAAUCUCAAAAUUCUUCUUCUCAGUAUAUUGAUCAGUUGUUAGCCUUUAAUCAAAUGCUGUUGGCGAGUGUCCUAGCAUAUAAAGGCAAUAUUGUUUUUUGCUUUCCAGACAAGCGACCGAUUCGUGGCUUCUUCUCCUGGUCUUUCUUGAGGCUGCACGACUUUUAGAAGGAAAUGAUUAUUCUUUUGAAAAAAAAAUCAUAUUGAUGACUAGUGUUAAUGUUUAAUUCUAGAUUUACAUCAAAUCUCUUCUUAGUUGUUAAAUUAAUGCAAAUGGCAAUGUUCCCGCAUCGGUACCCAGACACGAUUAAGUUGUAUUUGGUUCCUAACUUGACUAUGUUUCGUUGAGGAUUAAUGAAACUUGAGAUAGUUGUCAAUUUGUUUGUUAUUGAAGAGAGUCAUGAGAAGAACUGAGUAUCAGGGAAAUGAAAUCGGAGUUUAAAGGGAAAGUUACAAUUUGCAUAUCAAAAGUGAAACAGGAAGUUUGGUUUGAAAUGCAAUCCUUUCAUGUCUCUUUAUAUUCCGAGAAUUAGUUCAGAUGAUCCAAAAAGCUUGCCUCCUUUUUCCCCUCAGACGUCAGUUUUAGUUGUCGCGAACCGAAUAAUUGACGUUGUCGAUCAAAUCGCGACGGGGCCGAAAUUUUGCUAAGUGUGAAACUCAGCCGACAUCGCUUGCUUGAGGACAUUAAUUAAAAACUGACUUUAAUUUCGUUUGUUUUUUGUUCACUUCAUUUUCAAAACACCAUGCAAGGUAAAUUUCCUGCUUACGGGGUUUAGGUUUCCAUAUAAAUUAUAAAUUCCUCAGAAUGUUGCGCAUCUACUUACUUGUUAUCAAUGUUAAGCAAUUACUCAUUCCUUAUAUUAGACUUGCACAAAGUCCUGCGCAGUCGCGCGUGUCAGUUUGCUCUCGCCGCUCGCCCUAGAGUUUAAAUGUUUCACCGUUUUACUGAUAGAAUUAAUAGAGGUUGACUUGGUCUGAAGUCUAUACUCUUUCCUAGCUACAAUCCUGGACAAACGUCCACGGGAUAGAGAGGGGCUAGACAUGUGUGAUUUAAAGAAAGCCCCACGUAUGCAAAUGUAUCGCAGGCCGUUUGCCCAUGAUGCGGUAGCUUUCGAUAGCUUGUUAACCAGUGUUAAGCUACCAUGACAAGAGUGUAGAAAUAUUCCGUAUUUUACCAACUUAAUCUGCAUCAUCAUUUUGUAAUCAACAUAUUCAGCAGUUGUACUAUUCAUUUCUUUGACCAAAAUGAGCCACUAAUUUGAAGACAGUGGUUAUUACGUCGGGGAAAAAUUGGCAUGGGCGAUUUAGUGGCAAGAAACCUUUAACUUCACCAGAAUAUGUUUAAGGUUUCGCAGUGAGAACAAAGCCGUGAUUUGCCUUUUUUUAUCUUGAUACAAAGAACAUUCAUUUCCACUUAGUGAUUCCUUUUCAAUUUUAUUGUCCUAGGAGUUGACUGAUCUUGAGUGACUGGUCAGACGGUCGAGCAGAAGGUGCAACAGUUCGCUAAGAAAAGGGCCCUGCAGAGAUACUCUGGGGGUUAGGGGUAAGUGUUAAAAACAAAUAUUCUAUUUAGAACUCACUGGCACUCUGCGUAAUUCACGUUGAGACUUAAUAUAAUGUCAUUCUUAUUUUUUAAAUCUGCACAUAUCGUUCUGUGUAGUCACAAUUCAUACAAAGCCGUUGUUAAAAGAUAGUUUUAGAAGGUUAUUUGUUAUUUGAGAACAAAUUCCAACUUAAGGCUUCAGUGAAAAAUAGAGCAUAUAACAUUAGCGAAAACUUGGUCCCUUUUUUGCUUAUAGAGUCUAAAUAAUGUCUUUCAGGUUUACUCUGAUGGCUUCUGCUCCAACAUUAGCUCCAUCAACUAAGGAGACCACUAAUUACGCAAGAUUAUGCCGCCUUUUAGUAGAUGGAGGCACAAAGGCCUUAAAACACACUUUUGACAGACUCCACUCUCCAGCAAACCUGUUUAAUGUUUUGAAAGCUGGUUCUGCGGAACAUUCAACUCUGCAGUCCCUUAAAAGGAAGAGAAUCAUCAAUGCUACACAAUGGGGUAAGCUGUAUCCCUCUCCUCCUUCAUCUGUAACAUCAGAAGACUUUGACAUCACCUUACUGAUGGUGCUACUGAGGAACAUCUGUGGUCUGACUGCUCCUAGCACAGGCUGGGAUAGUCUGCCACCUGCUUCAGACACCAGUGUUGAGGCUAACAUAGCCAGAGUAAAGUACUAUAGGAACUCGGUCUAUGGGCAUGCCAGCCAGGCGUCUGUGGACAAUCCAACAUUUAAUUCCUUGUGGCAGGGUGUGAGUGCCGCACUGGUUGUACUGGGUUUAGAUGCAGCUGCUAUCACAAAACUAAAAACUGAGACUAUGGAUCCAGAUGCAGAGAAGCAUUACCGAGAGCUGUUAAAAGAAUGGAAGAAAGACGAAGAUAAUUUUAAGGACCAACUUGAUAGAAUGGAAGGUAUUAACUAAUAAAGGUUUUCAAGUGUUUUCUAUUAAUAGUAUUUAAAAAUAGGCUUUUCUUCUUUCUGAGCUUAAAUUUACUAAAAGAUUAUAAUAAGGUGUUAGUGGGGCUGAAAUGAAAGCUUGGGAUUACACAAAGUAAACCUUUUCCUUACAAAAACACAUUUAACAAACAUAAACCGACUUAUCAAGAACUAAAAACAGGUUCAAUUUUACUUCUUACGGCUGUGGUUCUGACUAAUCGAGUUGCAGUGAUGUGAACUUUACGCAAAAAAGCACAAAAGUAGUUGUUUAUUUAAACAAAAUUUGCUUGCAACAAAUAAAGUGGGCACGAAUAGCAGGUGAGUUAGUAAUUUAACAAUUAUUGGAUCUGCUUUCGUAUGAUCUGAAGAAUUAGGCAAUUUAUCUAGGUGGAUAACACCCUCCGAGAUCUGCAGAAUUCUUUAGAUCAUGCUCAGCGUCAUUCAAUAAUUGCUAAUUAUCUCUGCUGACAAGUUGGAUACUGAUUUUUGAUGUUUACUGAUCUUUUUAGGUAAACUUAGAGAGCAGAUGAAAAGUGAAAUGGGAAACAUGAGCGAGAAGCUGGAGGCCAUGAGAAAUUCCGUUGCUGAGGAUGGAGGUCAGUUUCCAAAAAAAUGAAGCUAAAUUAUUAAUUCUUCAAGUCAGGCUAACUUUUAAUAAUGUUUUUUUUAUAACAAGAAAUUUCAAAUUUUAUGACUUUUUAACUUUGCUGUGAGAAACAAACCAUACCAUUUUUUCUCUUUAGGUAAAAUCAGAGAACAGAUGAGAAGCGAAAUGGAAAAUAUUAGCGGGAAGAUAACUGAGGAAGGAGGUCAGUUCAGAAUGUUAAUUCCAACUUCCAUAACUUGGAAACCCUCUCUUUUGAUUACUAUGUAUAAUACUUUGAUAUAAAAUUCCAUUCAAUUAGCUUUCACUGAAUAAAUAUGAUUGCGUGUAUGGAGAAGACUGCCACUGAGAAGCUUGAUAAUCUUUGAACUGCAACAAACUUUUAAUGGGCGUCUGGAAAAUCAGGAACCCGGAGACCGGAAAAGGAACAGGAAUAGGAAAAAGAACCGGAACAGGAACGGGUAUAGGACACAAAAUAACAAUCGAGAACCGACAUGAGCCGGACAGAGAAGUCAUUUAUCUUGAUUGAACUUAAUUCUCAUAACUUUUAACUUAAUUAUACAAUAAGAAAGAAAAAUACUGCCCUAAAAGUAACAUAUUUAUACGUAGAAAUAUUUAUCGCUGCAACCAGUUGCAAAAAAUUAAUGUUGAGACACUCUCAUGAAAAAACGACCUUUCUUGCUGAAAAUCGCUCCUGGCCACAGGGCUGUGCGAUAUAAUACUGACCUCCCUCCUCCCUCCCAUUAAAAGUUGUUCCUGUAAGUUUUGAGUAUGGUCUUCUAUUGCAAGCAACUUUGAUAAUGGGUGGAGGAGGGAUCACAAGCACAAGAUCAUGGACGGGCUAUUUGUGCCAAAAUACGGUUUAAUGUCUCAAGUACUUUUGCAACUUGUUGUGGCUUCAAUAAGGAGAUCUUACACGAGGCGAUUUGCAACGACGAAUUUUCGGGUAACAAUGUUGUGACAAUGUUGCGACAACUCAAAACAUUUUCGGAACAUUUUUAUAACACUCAAAAUCGUGGUUGUGAAUCACCCCGUGCAGUAUCACCUUUAGUCUGCUAUCCUUUCCUUCCUUUAUCUCUAUACGUCACUUGCAGAAAGGGAGGGACAAUACAUGUAUUUUAAGUGUUGGAUCACGUGUAAACGAGACGCUUAGUGGCGUACAUUGUACGGUAAUGUAACAUAAAGUUUACCAGAAGAGACAGCAGAAGCUUUAAGAAGGUGGUAACCCCCCGUCUCAUUCCAAAUAAGGGCACCAGCCCAACCUCUGGCCUCAUUCAACUGACUGCAUUGGUGGUGGAAAUGAAAACGUGUCACGUGUUAAAAGUAGAAAAAGGUUAAUUAGAUUCACUUUGCAGUUAAUACGUUUAAAUCUUGCGACCCUGAAAAUCUUUAAAAAGUUGCAUUUCACCGGAGUUUCCACCUCGUCCGCUCGUUAUAUUUCGUCCACAAUGCAAAUAUACAGCUAAAAAGGUUGAAAUCAUACCAUAGAUGAGUUUUAGAUUCUCUCACAAGCCCGAUUUGUCUCACCAGUACCUGUUCCCUAUUGUAAUAGUAUAUCUCAAAUCACAUUUCCUUCUUUCAAAAUCCAACGUACAAUCGCGGGGGUAGCUUUAUUAAUUUACAUGUGUGGUCGUUUAAAAAAUUCGCGUAGGUAGAAAACGAACUGAAGACCAGCUCGUAAUCAAUUGAAAGAAAAAAACCAUCUUGAGCUGAAAUGGAGGCGCCGUCGUCAGUAUCUGAAGGCUAGAAGAGGGGUGGAGUCUCCCCGCGGUCGAUUCUUUUGAUAUCAACUCUUGGUCAUUAUUGCUACUUGUUCUUAUUGAGUAAUUUACUAAAAACCUCCUCUGUUUUUGUAGGUAGCUACACUUUAUGUCCUAUCUCCAGGCAGAAUAUGAUCGUUUAUUUCGUCUUAUUUCUUCCUACCCUUAGCCGUUCCUCUAUUCCCUUUUCUAUUCCGGUUCCGGUUCCGGUCGCCAUUCCCUUUGUUGUUCUGAAUUUCGGAUACAUGUCCAUUUCCCGGUUUUCCAGACACCCACUUUAAAUUGUCCUCAAUGCAAGUGUAAUUCUGCUAAGUAUAGUCUUCCUGACAGAUAGAACAAGAAAGGACUUGAGGCAGAUGAAAAGUGACAUCAGUGAGACGCUGAAGACUUUGGUUUCUGCGACCAAAGAGGAAGGUCAGUUUCCCCACACUGUAGCCCGCUGGAAAUUAAGUAUCCCUUUAAAAUAACUGUUAAAAACCAAGUAUUGCUAACCAAUCAGUGAUCAUUUGUCGUACAAGUGUCGCUCUCGGGCUCUCGCGUCCCAAAAAACAAUUUUUUAUCCAAAGAGGACCCAAAGUGCUUCAACUUAUAUUUAUUUGCCUUUAAUUAAAAUUGUAAUUCUCUCAGCUCGUGGGACGACGAAUGACAUAUCUUGAACUAGAAACAAACACCCGAGACUGUUUAUAGUCCGUUUUUUUUCCCGUAAGAUCGUGGCGUUGGCGCCAGCUAUACCAGUAGCCUGCGUGGCAGGCGCUAAAGGGGGAAGGGGGAGAAGUAGAAAAGCGCCCCUUCCUCCUAAUCACCUACCUCUUUCGAUGCCUGAUACGCAGGCUACCCACUAGAAUGGUGUUUUUCAGCAAGUGUUUUUAUUUCGCGGAAGUAGAUUUAUUUGCAUCACGGUCCCUUAUGGGCCACCGUAGGUGCUUGCCCCAGUUGAAAAAAUAGAUGGAGGUUUUAAGAACUCUAUCAACCACAUGGUAAAAAAGGGAACUGUGAUUUCUCAAACACUCUAACAUAAAGUUCAUAACCAGUAGUCCAUUUCCCUUGUUUCUCGCAAAUUCAAUGGUCUGCUAAAAGGCUGCCGUUAAAUCAAAAAGAUUGCCUUUACCAUCUUUAAUUUCCCUAUUGAACCCCGCCCCCCUCCCCCACCCAUCUCCACUAGUUUUGUUUAGCAAGUCGUCUUUUCAAGGCAUGUUUAUAGGAGUAGUUCUACUCAUUUGUUUUACGGACUUGGAAGGUAUAUCCACAACAAAGCUUGGUUCUCACUUAUUCUCAACAGUUGGUUUGGUUGCCGAGUAUAUUGAAAUCAUUCGUCAGAAGUACAAACGUCAUGAGGGAUGGUUUGCGCCAUUUCCUUGGUGCGAAGAUUUUCAGUUUCAUCUUAACGAUAUUUACACACGGCUUCUGGUGGUCAGCAGAGAAAAAAAAGCGAGAGCAACAGCGGAGCCAAGAAUUGUUGAAACGACUGAAAUCUUCAAACCACACAAAGAAUGUAGACAACCUAGAAAAGUAUUGAUUGAAGGAAUGCCAGGUAUGGGGAAGACGACAUACUGCAAUAAGGUUGCUUACGACUGGGCUAUAAGCAUGAAAAACGAAGGAGAUUGCUUUCCAGAAUUUGAGAUGGUGCUCUUGCUGAAAUGCCGUGAUGUCGAGAUUGGGGCCGACCUUUGGGAAGCCAUUGACGAUCAGCUUUUGCCAAGUGAAAUUCACCCAAAGGAAAGAGACAAAUUCUUCGAAUUCAUUCGGCAAAAUCAAUCGAAGGUUCUACUGAUACUUGACGGAUUGGACGAGUUACCUUCGAGCAAGCUGCCGGAGUUUACUGACAUUAUACAAGGUAAAAUGCUUCCUCUAUGUCACCUUGUGGUUACAGCGCGACACAAGGUGGGGAUACCUAUGAGAAAGGUUUGUGACACUUUGCUAGAGAUUGAAGGUUUCACUUAUCAAGAUAGCAAAAAAUUUAUUCACAAAUAUUUUGCCGGCAAGGAAGAUUUGGCGAAAAAGCUCCUGGAUAAAAUACGGAAUGAAGAAAGGCUUGAAGAGAUGACGGCGAACCCAUUAAACACUGCACUGCUUUGUCUUCUUUGUGAAGACUUCCAAGGUAUCUUACCUGAAAUCAGAACUCAGUUGUACUUGGAAAUAGUACAAUGUGUUCUUAUUAGAUACAGGAAAAAGAAAGGUAUACCAGUCGAAAAUGAGGAUCUGAUUGAAAUCUACAAAGAUGAGUUGAAACUCCUUGGCUUAAUAGCUUUAAACGGCCUGUAUGAAGACAACAUGUACUUUGCGGACAAAAAGCUUGCCGACUUACCUGGAUUUGGAUUUCUAUCAGCUCAACCUGGAAGCAGCAAACGAAGACCGUGUAUGUGCUACGGCUUUAUGCAUAAGAGUUUUCAAGAAUUCUUCGCGGCACAUUAUCUUUGUUGCCAACUUGUUAGCAAAGAAACCAGUCCUGAAAUAUUGGUGACUGACACAAGAUAUUUCGGAGAGCUGAGAGAGGUAUUGAAAUUUACCUGUGGUCUCCUAGCAGUAAGAUCCAAAGAAAUUGCAAUAGCUCUUGUCAUCAGUAUAGCGAAUAACUUAAAGAACCAAUACGUGAAAAAAUGUUUUCCUGUUGCAGUGGAUUGCAUUAAAGAAAGCAAAAUUGAAAGCAGUAAUUUUCACAUGGAACUGGCCCGUACCUUUGGCGCAUGUCUGGCACUUCAACAGGGUGAGAUCAUACUUGGAGGUAUAGAUGACGCUGCUGCUGCUGUGAUUGCUGCCGUGCUUGAAGCAAACACAACUCUGACAAAUUUGGAUUUGUCUGAAAACAAGCUUGGUCCUGCCGGUGCGGAGUCACUUGCUACAGCGCUAAAAACAAACACAACUCUGAAAAAUUUAACUUUGUCUCACAAUAACGUUGGUUCUGCCGGUGCGGAGUCACUUGCUACAGCGCUAAAAACAAACACAACUCUGACAAAUUUGGAUUUGUAUUACAAUAACGUUGGUCCUGCCGGUGCGGAGUCACUUGCUACAGCGCUAAAAACAAACGCAACUCUGACGAAUUUGGAUUUGUCUCUCAAUUCCGUUCGUUCUGCCGGUGCGGAGUCACUUGCUACAGCGCUAAAAACAAACACAACUCUGACAAAUUUGAAUUUGUGUGAAAAUAACCUUGGUCUUGCCGGUGCGGAGUCACUUGCUACAGCGCUAAAAACAAACGCAACUCUGCCAAAUUUGAAUUUGUCUCGCAAUGACGUUGGUCCUGCCGGUACGGAGUCACUUGCUACAGCGCUUAAAACAAACACAACUCUGACAAAUUUGGAUUUGUCUGAAAACAACCUUGGUCCUGCCGGUGCGGAGUCACUUGCUACAGCGCUAAAAACAAACACAACUCUGACAAAUUUGGAUUUGUCUCAAAACACCCUUUUUCCUCUUGGUGCGGAGUCACUUGCUACAGCGCUAAAAACAAACACAACUCUGACAAAUUUGAAUUUGUGUCUCAAUUACGUUGGUCCUGCCGGUGCGGAGUCACUUGCUACAGUGCUAAAAACGAACACAACUCUGACAAAUUUGAAUUUGUGUCUCAAUCACGUUGGUCCUGCCGGUGCGGAGUCACUUGCUACAGCGCUUAAAACAAACACAACUCUGACAAAUUUGGAUUUGUCUCAAAACUACCUUGGUCCUGCUGGUGCGGAGUCACUUGCUACAGCGCUAAAAACAAACACAACUCUGACAAAUUUGGAUUUGUCUUAAAAGCACCUUGGUCCUGCCGGUGCGGAGUCACUUGCUACAGCGCUAAAAACAAACACAACUCUGACAAAUUUGAAAUUUGCGUUUUAAUAACCUUAGUUCUGAUAGCGCUGAAUUUCUUGCUAAAGCGCUUGAAGCAAACACGACUCUGAAAAUGUUAUUGUGGUGGCAUUUAAUUUAAUAAUGACAUCAGUGUAUCUGUUCAAAAAACACAAUUUAUAAUGCACACCGUAAUCGUAUACCACAUUAAAAGUUUAAAAUUUCGUUCAGUUUUCUCUUUCUCUGUAUUUCAUUGCCUUUUUAGGAAAUUAGCAAAUUUAAAAAAUACUAGUUACUCACAGUCUCAUUUUCUUUCUUUUUUUUUCUUUUGCGCUAUUUGUAAAACUCACCACGUUCUUUCAACGUAAAUGGAUUUUUUCAGUUUAAGAAAAUCACGCACCGCUCAGUCUAGUUUCGUAGUUAGAGCCUGGCAAGAAGGUAGUUCAUGCAAUGAUAUAUAGAAACAAUUCAGUUAUUGAACAAAGGAAUUAGCCUGGAUUUUAGCCGUUUUCUCCGCCCGCUCACUCGAGACUGCUGAGAUUCAGGCUAACAAAGGAAUGUAAUCAAAAUAUAUGUACAUAGACGGCUGUCCUUAAAAUUCUUUUGUUGUUCAUUUUUCAAGCCGAGCGAUUUUUGCGAAAAGUGCCAAAUGAAAUAUUUCUGCUUUAACAGUUCUCUUGCCGUUUGUAAUGCAUUUUUUCAUUAAUCAUGUAAUGUGUAACAGUAAACACUGAGUCUUGUAAUUUUGUACUUGUUGAAUUCAAGUUUUUAGAACUUGUGGAUUAGCGUAAAUAGACUAUGUUAUGUGGAGAAUCUGCAUGGGGAUGAUCGGAUAUUAAUCAUCAGUCAGACUUUCAGCUAUAUUUUAGCCAUCUGUUAAUAUUUGUACCUCAGAAUUCGGCUGUAUAAAGAUUAAUAACAAAUCGUUUCAUCAAUUUCUCAGCUGACAGUUAAAAUAAUGGGUAAUUUUCAGCUCUCAGUCAAAUCCCGUCCAGAUCCUCUAUGUAACUAGUAACUAACUACAUUGUAUAGAAGACUGAAACAAGCUUUGCUGACACUUGUACUUUUAAAAUGUCCAUUGUUUCAGUUUAAGGUUUGUUGGCAUGCAGUGCGAAUCGUACAUUCUGGGAGACACUUGUGACAAGUCUGUGUCAAUUUUCCGUCGUAACAAGCAUAUAUUAGUCAUUGCAGCUGAUCGAAACUUUUAGGUAAAUGAAAGUAUUGUGUAGUAUUAGUAAGAAAAACGUGUGCUUGUUUCGUUAUUAAUCCCACCUUAAUUUCAUAUAUAUCGUGCAUAAAAAAGAUAUUUACAAAAAAGUACUGGUGUUGUCGCUAUGACGAAUGUUCAAAAAAUAAACAAAAAAAAAAUAUCACUAGUGGAGACACGGCUUAAAUGUUGCAUAUUCGUCCAUUUUGGAUUAAUCCUCAGUUUGUUUGGGUAAGUGGUUGUUGCUACAACGGUAAUUGUGAUAACGUGAUGGGUGGACUUAGUUGAGUGCACUUAAUAUGAUUUGCUAAUGUAACUAUCCGAUUACAGGCAACUGUCUGACUACAACCACGCACAAUGAUUAAAUAAAAAUGAAGCAGUUAAUGCACCAAUCAAAUCUGAGGAAAUUGUAAUGGUUAUGAUUAGUAAUUUGUUUCAAAUUUGAGGGUUCUUUUAAAACGACAGCCUAACUGGCAAAAUUUUAUAGUUGUGGUAUGCUGGGUGUCAGCCCAUCCCUUUUUUGUUUAUCCAUGUCAAUGAGGUCAGAUAGGGAUUUUGCAUUUGGUCUUCUCUUCUUCUUCACCAUGGUGCUUUUAAUACGAAGCUUUUUUCUUCUAAUUAGGAUCAUAUUAACAGUCCUUUACUCUGAUUGAUUUAUUGACGGAUGAAGAACACUAAGAAGUGAAGUUGUUAUAACACAACCACCAACUCCUUUCCACAGCAGGAACAGAAUGCACAGGGAUAGAAAAUAAACAUGAGAAACUGAUUGAAGCUUAGUUUGAUUUCCUUACUGAGUUUCAUGUUACAGCUCUGGUGAUCCCUCCAGAACUUUACACCUCCAAAACAAGUAUAACAGCUG